GAGGUGCAGGAUAGAGGGCGGCCAUGGUAGAAGCUCAAACAUGGACGUCGAGGAGAUGGAGCAACACCAAGCCGGAGGCAGAGCAGGUGGUCGACAUCCCUGCCACUCCCACCAGCGAAGUACGCAACUACAGCUCUUUUAGCGGUGGCUUAUUCUCCCCCAACGUGAUCACGGCCUUGAUCAUAGCCUCCUGGUAUACCUCCAACAUUGGAGUCCUUAUCCUCAACAAGUACCUCCUCAGCUUCUAUGGCUACCGCUACCCAAUCUUCCUUACCAUGCUCCACAUGCUCUCCUGUGCCGCCUACAGCUCCAUUGCCAUUCACUGGCUCCAGCUGGUCCCUUUCCAGCAAAUCCUCUCCCGCCGUCAGUUCCUCAAGAUCGCUGCCCUCAGUGCCAUCUUUUGUUUCUCGGUGGUCUGCGGAAACACUUCCCUUCGCUACAUCCCUGUCUCCUUCAACCAAGCCAUUGGCGCCACCACCCCUUUCUUCACUGCCGUCUUCGCUUUCCUCAUCACUUGCAAGAAGGAGUCCGCCCAGGUCUACCUUGCUCUCUUGCCCGUAGUGUUAGGGAUCGUAGUUUCCAGCAAUAGCGAGCCUCUAUUCCAUCUGUUUGGGUUUCUGGUCUGUAUCGGAUCUACCUGUGGCCGAGCUUUGAAGUCGGUGGUCCAAGGAUUGAUAUUGACAUCGGAGGCCGAGAAGCUUCACUCCAUGAAUCUACUUCUCUACAUGGCUCCCAUGGCGGCUCUGAUUCUGCUUCCCUUCACUCUCUACAUUGAGGGCAAUGUGGCUGCAAUUACCUUGGAGAAGGCCAGGGAGGAUCGUUUUAUAGUGUUUCUGCUUCUGGGGAAUGCUACGGUAGCCUAUUUGGUUAACUUGACUAAUUUCCUGGUGACCAAGCAUACGAGCCCGUUGACGCUGCAGGUGCUGGGGAACGCCAAAUCUGCCGUGGCGGCCGUCGUGUCGGUCCUGAUUUUCAGAAAUCCAGUGACGGUGAUGGGGAUGGCAGGCUUUGGUGUUACGAUCAUGGGGGUGGUGCUUUACAGUGAGGCUAAGAAGAGAUCCAGAGUUGCAGCUCAUUAACCAGAUUACCAGUAAUUCAACAAUAGCAAUUUUUUUGUCUAAAAUUCAGUUUUUAUCUUUCAAUUUUUUUUUUCCCGCUUUUCCAACCUCAUUCAUCAUUUUUAACCAAAA